UAUGGGGGCAGCAGUCCCUAAGCCCAGGGACGAUUAAAAUGCUGAAGGGUUUGGGAACUCCACCAAGAGUCAUCACGGCACCAUCCCUGAGAGUGCCGGGAAGGUGCAAAGGUGCUUGGGCAGGGCUCCAGGAUUAGAAGGGGGAGGUUUUGGUCUCGGAGACAUGUCUUCUCUACUCCACAGCGUGGAGGUGACCUUUUACACACAUUUCCCUGACAUGUUAGAGAAGGCGAUUUGAAACUGGCUCUUUGUUCAUCUUGAAGUUCCCGGACGUCACCCUGGGAGGGUAACUAGGCCUGUUCCAGGCUGCCCAGGCUCAAGCCCAAGACAAUUCGAUCUCCUGGUCUGCAAAAGGGGGCUGGCACUGUCUCAGGAUGAGUUUGGCCCGAGGAAAAUCUCACCCUGGCCUACCUCUCGGCCAGGUGUGGCUCCUGGCAGAGGUGAGCUCAGGAGCCCCAAAUCCUGUGGCUUCUUUUAAAGCUCCCCUUUAAUUAAGAGCAGCGGUGAAAUCACUUGCAUGAUUGUAUCAGUCAUGGGAAAGCAAAUCCUAGCCCAAACCUCAGUUGCCCAUACCAGAGCCACCAACAACCCCAUUCUCUCUUUAAAAAGUUUUUAAUGGAAAAGGAAGCUAGGAAGCCACACAGGAAUGGGGGAAGGGCAGGGAAUUGUGAAAGUAGGAAGAAGGGGGUAGACUUUUAUACAGAAGUGUUGAGAGAGAGAGAGACAGGAAGUUUAUCUGUAGGUUAUUUGGUUAUUUUGCUCUCUAUGGUGGGAGGAGACUAAACCUGAAAAUCAGAGAUGACACAGGAUCAUGAACGUCUUCAAUAUUAAGCAAUACUUUUUCAUCUGCAAUCCAACGCCAAAGCGGCCCCGGGGGGAGCAGGAUCCGCUAAGGCUGGCAGUGCCCUAAACCUUGUGGGCGGGUGGGAGGUGGGGAUGCCAACCCGGCUCUACUGCGUGCGUCCAGGUCAGCUCCGCGAGGUGCUGGGACUGCAGCUGGCGGAGUGAAUUCCUGGGCCAGCGCGCAUGCGUCGGCAGGUAGCAAACCAGCUCUUUAUGACCAGGUGAGAUGUUGGUGAGCAGGUAAAAAAGGAGAAUUUGCCCAGGCGAUUCCAGGGAGCGGGCCUGGCCGAGCCCUCCAGCCCAUGCCCGGCGGUAACCAGUCGCCAGGAGCGCCGAACCGCGAUGUCCAUACUUGCCAAAAUGGGGGACUGGCAGGACCGUCACGACGGCACCAGCAACGGGACGGCACGGUUGCCCCAGCUGGGCACUGUAGGUCAAUCUCCCUACACGAGCGCCCCGCCGCUGUCCCACACCCCCAAUGCCGACUUCCAGCCUCCCUACUUCCCCCCGCCCUACCAGCCUAUCUACCCUCAGUCGCAAGAUCCUUACUCCCACGUCAACGACCCCUACAGCCUGAACCCCCUACAUGCCCAGCCGCAGCCGCAGCACCCAGGCUGGCCCGGCCAGAGGCAGAGCCAGGAAUCUGGGCUCCUGCACACGCACCGGGGGCUGCCCCACCAGCUGUCAGGCCUGGAUCCUCGCAGGGACUACCGGCGGCACGAGGACCUCCUGCACGGCCCACACGGGCUUGGCUCAGGACUCGGAGACCUCCCGAUCCACUCCUUACCUCACGCCAUCGAGGAUGUCCCGCACGUAGAAGACCCAGGUAUUAACAUCCCAGAUCAAACUGUAAUUAAGAAAGGCCCCGUGUCCCUGUCCAAGUCCAACAGUAAUGCCGUUUCCGCCAUCCCUAUUAACAAGGACAACCUCUUCGGCGGCGUGGUGAACCCCAACGAAGUCUUCUGUUCAGUUCCGGGUCGCCUCUCGCUCCUCAGCUCCACCUCGAAGUACAAGGUCACGGUGGCGGAAGUGCAGCGGCGCCUCUCGCCACCCGAGUGUCUCAACGCGUCGCUGCUGGGCGGAGUGCUCCGGAGGGCGAAGUCUAAAAAUGGAGGAAGAUCUUUAAGAGAAAAACUGGACAAAAUAGGAUUAAAUCUGCCAGCAGGGAGACGUAAAGCUGCCAAUGUUACACUGCUUACAUCACUAGUGGAGGGAGAAGCUGUCCACCUAGCCAGGGACUUUGGGUACGUGUGUGAAACCGAAUUUCCUGCCAAAGCAGUAGCUGAAUUUCUCAACCGACAACAUUCCGAUCCCAAUGAGCAAGUGACAAGAAAAAACAUGCUUCUGGCUACAAAACAGAUAUGCAAAGAGUUCACCGACCUGCUGGCUCAGGACCGAUCUCCCCUGGGGAACUCACGGCCCAACCCCAUCCUGGAGCCCGGCAUCCAGAGCUGCUUGACCCACUUCAACCUCAUCUCCCACGGCUUCGGCAGCCCCGCCGUGUGCGCCGCGGUCACAGCCCUGCAGAACUAUCUCACUGAGGCCCUCAAGGCCAUGGACAAAAUGUACCUCAGCAGCAACCCCAACAACCACACGGACAACAGCGCCAAAAGCAGUGACAAAGAGGAGAAGCACAGAAAGUGAGGCUCUCCUCCCGCCCCGGCCCCUCCCACGCCUCACCGGCCCUCCUGCGCCCACCCACCGCCACCCGGCGGCUGACAGCUCGGGGAUCAGCAACCCUUUCUGCUGCUGCUACUGCUGCUGCCGCUGCCGCUGCCGCCGCCGCUGCCCUUCGGUCCUGCUGAGUCUCGGGGACUGCUCUCUCUCGACUGUCAGUGGGGCAGCGGGGCAGCCGCCGCCGACUCAGCCUCAACUUCCCCGUCGGCACCCACACCCCUUUGCCCUCAAGUGGAGCCUAAGAGAACAGAACAGGCCGUGAAGCCAGCAAAUAAAAGUUCUGUCCAGUUUGUGAACCUUUUUUAAAGAAAAAAACCCAACAAAUCAACAAAAAAUUUAAAAACCUUUUUUCUAAAAAAAAGAACGUAAAAAAAAUAAAAAAAAAUUAUAUGAGCUUCAUGGGACUGAUUCACCACCUUCCCUUACAUAUUUCAGUUCAGAUUGUAGCCAUACUUUAAAGAAAAGCAAAAAGGAUAAUGACAUUUUUAUCAGUAUUGUGAAUACACUUGAACACAAAACACGAAGUUCCAUGUCAUGUCUUCAGUUGUAGAAGUUUUUCCUCUUCAAGGUAAAGCGACCAACUUGAACUUUCUCUGGCAACACGAUUCAGUUCUAUAAGGGAAUCAGUGUUCACGUCUCUGUAUAUAUUUAUUUAUGUGUAAUUUAAUGGGAAUUGUAAAUAUGGUGAGUCUGUUUUAAACCUUUUUUUUUUUUUUUAUUUAUCUGGUGAUCUCGUUUACCUCUUGUUUAGUGGGUCUUGAAUCUUCCCUAUUAGUUCUUCAUGUGGUUCAUGGUACUUAUUUAGAAAUCCAAGGUUUGGGGGAUUUAUUUUUUCUCUGGGAUUCAUGAAUUUAGCCCUGUUGUAGCAUGUUAAAGGCGGCAAUGAAACAGCUGGACAAAUAAAAAAAUAAAAUUUUAUAUAUAAUUAGUAUUAUUACAUUUAGCUUUUCAUUGAACUGAAAGAAAAAAUGUGAUAUUGGACCCUGGAAAGAUUUUUAAACUCUAGUGGUUUGGUAACCCUUCUAUGUAUUGUAGGGAGAAAAAGAAAGUUUAUUUUACUCCAAUGUUCUCCCUUAAAAGCAUCAUUUGAGCAAUAAUUGAAUAUUGUCUUUAAAACCGAGGGUUAGGGAAUUGUCCUCUCUUUCUCUUUCUUCUCUUUUUUGUUCAAAAAACUUCAAACAUUUGGGACCACCUGGCAUUCUGUAUUUUCACUGGCCAUGUUGGAAGCAGUUCUAGUUGUAUUGUAUUGAGUUGUGCUGGCAGUAGUUUCCAUGCCUGUCAAUGUAUCAUAGUCCUUUGUUGCCCAGAUAAAUAAAUAUUUGAUACGCUUUAUGUCGAUAUUUUUUUUUUUUUAUUCAGUGGCUGUCUUUACCCAGGCGUAUUUUUGUUCUUGGCAGUAUUUUUUAUUCAGUAUGGUUACAGUAAUUGAGUUUAACUCUCCCUUGGCAAUUGCUCCUUGCAAUAAGCAGCUGAACCCAUUGUUUCCCUCAAGUAUAAUAAAAACUUACUUUCAACUUGGAGUUCAGAGCAGGGUAUCAUUUAGAUAUUCCACUGAGUCUGUAUUCAGACAAAUGACACAAUAAAACCCAAUGUAUUCUUUUGGAUAAAAGAUUGUUUGUACUGCUAAAGGAAUGACAUACUGUCUUUUCCUUACUAGAAACAUUAAUUUUAUUAUUACAAAUAAAGUUUUAUUUUAUUUAUGUUGA